AUGCGUGCUACUAUCCUCGCUCUUCUUUCCUUUGCCAUGGCGGUCACUGCAGCCGUCGGACCGCAAGGAUCUCAGGAAGGCCUCGGCGACAAUCCUCCCAUUGCCGACGCUCAGAAAGAAUACCCGGACAGCGACAUCGCUUGUUGCCAGAACAAGGAGAUCCUUAGCGCUGACGGCAUCUUGGGCAACCUCCUUGGAAAGGGCGCCUUGAACAAUGUGCUCGGUGUUGGUGAUUCUGCCUGCGCCAAAUUCAGCCUCAUCGAGAACCUCAAUAUUCUAGGGAUUACCAAGGAGGACGGCGAUGGCGUUAAAUGUAUCGGCAGCACUGCUUACUGCCCUCACGGAGAAGCGGACUGCAAACUUAUUGGACAUUAA